CGCGGUUGUCAGCGCAGGGAUGCAAAAGCCCGUCAACUUCGGGGGCUUAGCAGCCCGCCGGGGGCUUCUCUUAAAGGGGCCGCGUACCCCGGCAGCGGAGGGAAGGCGGACCAGAGCCGGGGCCCCAAACGAGCUUCUGGGAGCCCUUCAGGGUAGGAUGGGAGACAAGGUUCGGAGGCGGGCAGGCAGUUGCCGGCAGCCACACAGCACAUCCUCACGGUGACCCUUCUGACCCUUGUCCUGACCCCCCGGUCCCGUGCCCUGUCCAGUCUCACCAUGGCUUUCCGGACACAGCUGAUGCUGCUGCUUUGGAAGAAUUUCAUGUAUCGCAAGAGACAGCCGAUCCAGCUCCUGGUCGAGUUGCUGUGGCCUCUCUUCCUUUUCUUCAUCCUGGUGGCCGUCCGCCACUCCCACCCCCCACUGGAGCACCAGGAAUGCCACUUCCCCAACAAGCCACUGCCGUCAGCGGGCACCGUGCCCUGGCUCCAGGGUCUCAUCUGCAACGUGAACAACUCCUGCUUCCCGCAGCCAACGCCUGGUGAAAAGCCCGGGCUCCUGAGCAACUUCAAGGACUCCCUAGUCUCCCGGCUCCUAGCCGAUGCACGCACCGUGCUGGGGAGUCCCAGCGCCCACAGGACACUGACUGCCCUGGGAAAGUUGAUGCCCUUGCUGAGGGCAGUCAGCGGCACAGCCUGGCCUCCACGGACUGACCAGCUGCAGGAGCGCCCUUCACUGGCCACCAAGCUCCUGGGGAUGCUGCUGCCAGGGGAAUCCCUGCGGGGCACCCUGGGCCACGCCCAGGAGUCCACGGCUGGCUUUGUGGACGCAGUCAAGGACCUGGUCCAAGAGCUCCUGGUGCUGCCCAGCCUGGUGGAGCUUCGGGGUCUGCUGCAGAGACCCACGGGGACAGGUGGCCCCCUGGAGCUGGUGUCAGAAGUCCUCUGCAGUGCUAAAGGGCCUAGCAGCCCAGGGGGUCUCUCCCUCAACUGGUACGAGGCCAGCGACCUGAGGGAGCUGGUGGGGCAGGAUCCAGGACCAACCCUGCUGGACAAAGGCCUGAGCCCUGCCUGCUCUGAGCUGAUGGGGGCCCUGGGAGACCACCCGCUGUCCCGCCUGCUCUGGAGGCGCCUGAAGCCGCUGAUCCUAGGAAAACUACUAUUUGCACCUGACACGAAUUUUACCCGGCAGCUCAUGGCCCAGGUCAAUCGGACCUUCGAGGAGCUGGCUCUGCUGAGGGACAUCCAGGAGGUCUGGGGGGUGCUGGGACCCCAACUCUUUGACUUCAUGAACGACAGUGCUAAUGUAGCCAUGCUGCAGAGGCUCCUGCGAAUUCAGGAUCAAGCAGGGAGGCAACCAGCACCUGGAGGCCCAGACCCAGUGGGGGCCCUGCAAUCCUUUCUGGACCCCAGCAUGGGUGGCUACAGCUGGCGCGAUGCCCAUGCUGAUGUGGGGCGUCUGAUGGGCACACUGGCUCACAUCACGGAGUGUGUGUCCCUGGACAAGCUGGAGGCCGUGCCCUCGGAGGCGGCCCUGGUGUCUCGGGCCCUGCAGCUGCUGGCUGAGCACCGCUUCUGGGCUGGCAUCGUCUUCCUGGAACCUGAGGACCCUGGGGACCCUGCAGAGAUGCCAGCCCCAGACCUGGGCCCCGGCCACGUGCGAGUCAAGAUCCGCAUGGACAUCGAUGACGUUACCAGGACCAAUAAGAUCCGGGACAGGUUUUGGGACCCUGGCCCGGCCGCGGACCCCCUCACUGACCUGCGCUAUGUGUGGGGCGGCUUCGUGUAUCUGCAGGACCUGCUGGAGCGUGCUGUUGUACACGUGCUCAGCGGCACGGACCCCCUCGCCGGCCUCUACCUGCAGCAGAUGCCCUACCCGUGCUACGUGGACGAUGUCUUCCUACGUGUGCUGAGCCGGUCGCUGCCGCUGUUCUUGACGCUGGCCUGGAUCUAUUCGGUGGCGCUUACCGUCAAGGCCGUGGUGCGCGAGAAGGAGACGCGGCUGCGCGACACCAUGCGCGCCAUGGGGCUGGGCCGCGCGGUGCUCUGGCUCGGCUGGUUUCUCAGCUGCCUGGGGCCCUUCCUUCUCAGCGCCGCGCUGCUCGUUCUGGUGCUUAAGUUGGGGGACAUCCUUCCCUACAGCCACCCGGCCGUGGUCUUCCUGUUCUUGGCAGCCUUCGCGGUGGCCACCGUGGUCCAGAGUUUUCUGCUGAGCACCUUCUUCUCCCGCGCCAACCUGGCGGCCGCCUGUGGAGGGCUCGCCUACUUCUCCCUCUACCUGCCCUACGUGCUGUGCGUGGCCUGGAGGGACAGGCUGCCCGCGGGUGGGCGUGUGGCUGCGAGCCUGCUGUCGCCCGUGGCCUUCGGCUUCGGGUGUGAGAGCCUGGCGCUGCUGGAGGAGCAGGGGGAGGGCGCACAGUGGCACAACCUGGGCCGCGGGCCGGCGGCAGAUGUCUUCAGCCUGGCGCAAGUCUCAGGCCUCCUGCUGCUGGACGCCGCGCUCUACGGCCUGGCCAUCUGGUACCUGGAGGCUGUGUGCCCAGGCCGGUACGGGAUUCCUGAACCCUGGAAUUUUCCCUUUCGGAGGAGCUAUUGGUGUGGGCCUGGACCCCCCAAGGGUCCUGCCCCAGCCCCCGCCCCGGAGGACCCAAAGGUGCUGGUGGAGAAGGCGCCGCCCGGCCUGCUCCCUGGGGUCUCUGUUCGAGGACUGGAGAAGCGCUUUCCUGGCUGCCUGCAGCCCGCCCUGCGUGGGCUCAACUUGGACUUCUACCAGGACCACAUCACCGCGUUCCUGGGCCACAAUGGGGCCGGCAAGACCACCACACUGUCCAUCCUGAGUGGCCUCUUCCCACCCAGUGGUGGCUCAGCGUUCGUCCUUGGCCAUGACGUCCAGUCCAGCAUGGCAGCCAUCCGGCCCAGCCUGGGUGUCUGCCCACAGCACAAUGUGCUGUUUGACUUGCUGACUGUGGAUGAGCACCUGUGGUUCUACGGGCGGCUCAAGGGCCUGCGUGCGGCAGCAGUGGCCUCCGAGCAGCAGCGACUGGUGCAGGACGUGGGGCUCGUCCCCAAGCGGCGCGCCCAGACACGCCACCUCUCCGGCGGGAUGCAGCGGAAGCUCUCCGUGGCCAUCGCCUUUAUGGGUGGCUCCCGGGUGGUGAUCCUGGACGAGCCCACGGCUGGUGUGGACCCUGCUUCCCGCCGUGGCAUCUGGGAGCUGCUGCUCAAGUACCGGGAAGGUCGCACGCUGAUCCUCUCCACCCACCACCUGGACGAGGCGGAGCUGCUGGGAGACCGCGUGGCCGUGAUGGCAGGUGGCCGCCUGUGCUGCUGCGGGUCCCCACUCUUCCUGCGCAGCCACUUGGGUUCUGGCUACUACCUGACACUGGUGAAGAGUCCCCUGCCCCUGGCUGCUGCUGAGAAGGAUGAGGAUGACAGCUGCCUGACAGGCAGCAGGGGCAUGGGACCCGAGAGGGCGCCGCGCAGCCAGGGUGGCACAGCAGGUGCCCCCCAGCUCCUGGCACUGGUGCGGCACUGGGUGCCUGGAGCCCGGCUGGUGGAGGAACUGCCCCAGGAGCUGGUGCUGGCUCUGCCCUACGCGGGGGCACUGGACGGCAGCUUCGCCAGGCUCUUCCGGGAGCUGGACGGGCAGCUGGGGGCGCUGAGCCUUGCCGGCUAUGGGAUCUCGGACACCAGCCUGGAGGAGAUCUUCCUGAAGGUGGUAGAGCAGUGCACCUCGGACACGGACCCAGAGGAUGGCAGCUGUGGGCAGCAUCAAGCACAAGGUGCCCGUGUGCACCUUGCUGUCCCAGAUGGGAGCCCAGGGGCCACGAUGGUGCCAGAGGAAUCAACCCUGGAGAAUGGGGAGCUGGCCUUGCAGGGCUCUGGGCCAGCCACUGCAGGCCAGAUACAGGGCUGGGCACUAACCCGGCAGCAGCUCCGGGCCCUACUUUUCAAGCGCUGUUUGCUCGCCUGCCGCAGCCGCCGGAGCCUGUUUGCACAGAUUGUGCUACCUGCCCUCUUUGUGGGCCUGGCUCUGGUGUUCAGCCUUACCGUACCUCCGUUCGGGCACUACCCAGCUCUGCGACUCAGUCCUGCCAUGUACAGCCCCCAGGUGUCCUUUUUCAGCGAGGAUGCUCAAGGGGACCCCAGGCACUCCCACCUGCUCAAGGCGCUGCUGGCGGAGGCUGGACUGGAGGAGGCCUACCUGCAGAACAGCUCCCACGGGGUGUCCGAGUGCACAGGAACCGUCUCCUGCCUGUUCUCCACCCCUGAGGUCGCUGCGGAUGUGGCUGGGGUCAUGGCCCACGGCAACUGGACCCCGGAGUCUCCAUCCCCAGCCUGCCAGUGCAGCCGGCCAGGUGCCCGCCGCCUGCUGCCCGACUGUCCGGCUGCGGCGGGUGGCCUCCCUCCGCCCCAGGCAGUGGCCAGCUCUGGGGAGGUGGUCCAGAACCUUACGGGCCGGAAUCUGUCUGACUUCCUAGUGAAGACCUACCCGGGCCUGGUGCGCAAGGGCCUGAAGACCAAGAAGUGGGUGGAUGAGGUCAGGUACGGGGGCUUCUCGCUGGGGGGCCGAGACCCAGACCUGCCCUCAGGGACCGAGCUGGUCCGCUCCGUGGAGCAGCUGUGGGCUCUGCUGAGCCCCCAGCCAGGCGGGGCACUCCACCGAGUCCUCGGCAACCUCACUGUGUGGGCGCACAACCAGGAUGCUCACAGCAGCCUCAAGAUCUGGUUCAACAACAAGGGCUGGCACGCCAUGGUGGCCUUUGUCAACCGAGCCAAUAAUGCACUCCUACAUGCCCACCUGCCCCAGGGGCCCGCCCGCCAUGCCCACAGCAUCACCACGCUCAACCACCCCCUGAACCUGACCAAGGAGCAGUUGUCUGAGGCUGCUCUGAUGGCCUCCUCUGUGGACGUGCUGGUCUCCAUCUGCGUGGUCUUCGCCAUGUCCUUUGUCCCAGCCAGCUUCACCCUCGUCCUCAUUGAGGAGCGUGUCACUCGAGCCAAACACCUGCAGCUCGUUGGGGGCCUGCCCCCCACCCUCUACUGGCUGGGCAACUUUCUCUGGGACAUGGGUAACUACUUGGCAGCAGUGUGCAUCGUGGUGCUCAUCUUCCUGGCCUUCCAGCAGAAGGCAUAUGUGGCCCCUGCCAACCUGCCCGCCCUCCUGCUCCUGCUGCUACUGUAUGGCUGGUCGAUCACACCACUCAUGUACCCGGCCUCCUUCUUCUUCUCCGUGCCCAGCACGGCUUAUGUGGUGCUCACCUGCAUCAACCUCUUUGUUGGCAUCAAUGGCAGCAUGGCCACCUUUGUGCUGGAGCUCUUCUCAGAUCAGAAGUUGCAGGAGGUGAGCAAGGUCUUGAAACGGGUCUUCCUGAUCUUCCCCCACUUCUGCCUGGGCCGGGGGCUCAUCGACAUGGUGCGGAACCAGGCCAUGGCUGAUGCUUUCGAACGCUUGGGUGACAAGCAGUUCCAGUCACCCCUACGCUGGGAGGUGGUUGGCAAGAACCUCCUGGCCAUGUUUGUACAGGGGCCCAUCUUCCUCCUCCUCACGCUCCUGCUGCAGCACCGUGGCCGCCUCCUGCCACGACCCAAGCUGAAGACACUGCCACCCCUGGGAGAGGAGGAUGAGGAUGUGGCCCGUGAGCGGGAGCGGGUGGCCAAAGGGACCACCAAGGGGGAUGUGUUGGUUCUCAGGGACCUGACCAAGGUGUACCGUGGACAGAGGAUGCCAGCUGUCUACCGCCUGAGCCUGGGGAUCCCCCGGGGUGAGUGUUUUGGGCUGCUCGGAGUGAAUGGAGCGGGGAAAACCACCACGUUCCGCAUGCUGACUGGGGACACACUGCCCAGCAGGGGUGAGGCUGUGCUGGCAGGUCACAGUGUGACCCAGGAGACGGCUGCUGCUCACCGCUGCAUGGGCUACUGCCCACAGUCGGACGCCAUCUUCGAGCUGCUAACCGGCCGUGAACACCUGGAGCUGUUUGCGCGCCUGCGAGGUGUCCCCGCGGCCCAGGUUGCCCGGACUGCCAGUUGGGGCCUGGCGCGCCUGGGGCUCGCGCAGUACGCAGACAGGCUCGCGGGCACCUACAGCGGAGGCAACAAACGCAAGCUGGCAGCAGCCGUGGCGCUGGUCGGGGAUCCCGCCGUGGUCUUUCUGGAUGAGCCCACCACAGGCAUGGACCCCAGCUCGCGGCGCUUCCUUUGGAACAGCCUUCUGGCCGUGGUGCGGGAGGGCCGCUCCGUGGUGCUCACCUCGCACAGCAUGGAGGAGUGCGACGCGCUCUGCACGCGCCUGGCGAUCAUGGUGAACGGGCGGUUCCGCUGCCUGGGCAGCACGCAGCACCUCAAGCGCAGAUUCGGUGCUGGCCAUACACUGACCCUGAGGGUGCCUGAGGACCAGCGAGAGAGGGCAGUGGCCUUUGUGGUGGCGGCAUUCCCGGGGGCUGAGCUGCGGGAAGCGCACGGAGGCCGCCUUCGCUUCCAGCUGCCACAGGGAGGGCGCUGCACCCUGGCACACGUUUUUGGAGAGCUGGCAGCCCAUGGUUCAGACCACAGCGUGGAGGACUUCUCCGUAAGCCAGACCACACUGGAGGAGGUCUUCCUGCACUUCUCCAAGGACCAAGGGCAGGAGGAGGACGAACAGCAGAAGGGAGUGGGGGUAGAGCCUGCACUAAGUCCUGAGCACCCCAAAGGCACCAGCCAGGCCCUGGAGGACACCCGUGUGGUGGAGACUGUGCUCUGAGCCUGCCGGCCCUGGGGGAGGGCGGGUGGCCCCAGGAGCCCCCAGAGCACCUGCUGCCCUGGAGCAAAUAAAGAGAAGAC